AUGCUCGUCGGCAAGGCCUACUCGUGGAAGGCGGCGAGGGCGAGAUGGCCGCCUUCGAGACUGGUUCUACAGACGCUGCGGAAUCCGAGGGUUUUGCUGGCCGUCGCCUUGUCCACCGCCGUGCUCUUGCUAUGGCGAUCAAUGGGAUCUGCGGCGGGGGAGAUGCAGAGAUUCUACUGCUGGGGUCCCUCCAAAGCCCCAAUGUACAUGACGCCCAACGAAAACGAAGAGUGGCACGCCCACCUCAGCACGCCCGUCCUAUUCAACCACCACAAGCCCAUUGAAAUCAACGCAACCGAAAUUCAACACGUCAAUCUCAACGAGAUCAAGUCCACGCCCGACGCAGUGCGCAACAAGGAGCGCAUCUUGAUCCUCACACCCCUCCGCGAUGCCUCCUUCUAUCUCCCCAAACACUUUGAUCUCAUCACCCAACUCACAUACCCCCACGAACUCAUUGAUCUCGCCUUCUUGGUCGGCGACACCAAGGACGACACCAUGGCAGCACUAGCCAAGGAACUCGAGCGCAUUCAAAACAACCCGGAAAUAGCGUUCCACUCUGCGCUCAUUGUCGAAAAGGACUUUGGUGUUGCCAUGUCGCAGACCGUCGAGGAGAGACAUGCGUUUGAAGCACAGGGCCCAAGGCGGAAGGCAAUGGGCAAAGCGCGGAACUACCUGCUGAGUGCGGCACUGAAGCCAGAGCAUAGCUGGGUGUAUUGGCGCGACGUGGACAUUGUGGAUAGUCCGGCCAUGAUCAUCGAGGACAUGAUUGCGCAUGACAGGGACAUCAUUGUGCCCAACAUUUGGUUUCACAGGUACAAGGAGGAAAAGGGGAAAAUGGUUGACAUUGAGGGACGCUUCGACUACAACUCCUGGCAAGAAUCCCCCGAAGCCCUCAAACUCGCUGCCUCCCUUGGAAAGGACGUCGUCCUCGCUGAAGGCUACAAGCAAUUCCCCACCAACCGCAAAUACAUGGCCAAAAUGGGCGACUGGCGCGCAGACAAGGACGUCGAGAUUGCCCUCGACGGCAUCGGCGGCGUCAACAUUGUCGUCAAGGCAGACGUGCAUCGCUCCGGCAUCAACUUUCCUUGCUACGCGUUUGAGAAUCAGGCCGAGACGGAGGGGUUUGCGAAAAUGGCAAAGCGCGCGGGCUAUGGCGUGUUUGGACUGCCGAAUUAUGUCGUCUGGCAUAUUGAUACGGAUGAGAAGCCGGGGAAUGCUUGA